AUGACUUCCCAGUGGGUUUGCUGCCAGUGCCUCGCUACUGGGCGAACCGGCGACCACUGCGACUGGGUGCUUCACGAGGAACCCUACUCUGCUGCUGCCCUCGAAGCACUCCAGCAGCAGUGGUCGUCGUUUGACGAUGAGUACGUAGUCACCGAGGACGAUGGAGAGAUCGUGGUCUUCUGCAACCACAAGAGAUGCGAAGGCUGCCCGGUCUGGCAUCCCCAGCACCAGCCCCAGCCCCAGCCUGCCGUGCCCCAAGUUGCCCCGCCACAGCCGGUCAUGUUUCCCCAGCCGCCGCCCUGGCUUUGGCCUCCUCAGCCGAGGAACAACGUUCCGCGUGUCUCCAACACCAUCUUCGGCGACCUCGCGGCGGCGAGGGGAGAAGCAAAGCGCCCUCGCUCCGGCUCCGACAGCAGCAGCAGCAGUAGCAGCAACAGCAACAACCUCAGCCCUCCCUCCAAAAAGAGGAAGCUGUCUGCGUCCGGCCCCGGCCUCCCCUCCUCUGGCGAGGAAGAGGAAGAGGAAGAGGAAGAGGACGAAGAAGAAGACGAAGACGAAGGCGAAGAAGAAGAAGAAGAAGAAGAAGAAGAAGAAGAAGAAGAAGAAGAAGACAACGACGAUGACUGGGGCUCCGGCCCCGACUCUCGCCCUGGUCCUGACCCCGGCCCGGGCCCCGGCUCGUCUGGCGCUGGGAGUGGCUCCCUCUCAGGCUCCGAUUCUGGCCAAAGGAAGGUAUACAACAAACGCCUUCUUCUGGUCAGGGCCGGGCGCCGCGAAGGGGGUACACGACGACGACAAGCUCGGCCGCAGACGGGAAAGCCGCCCCUUGUUUUGUGGUGA